AUGCAGGAAGAUGAUAUAUUUGAGUUGUUCUUUGAAGAAACGGUCCAUAAAGAAAUAUCACAGAACGAGUUUAAAGAUGCGCACACACAGAAUCUGAAGAGACGGUGCGCUGAAUACUAUGCUGCUCAGAAGAGAAAAUGGGAGGGCUUCAAAGGAUUCUCAUUUGGAUUCAACCCCAUUGAAAAGUUUAAAGAUAUUCCUGUGAUUUGCACCAUUUCUCUAUACCCCGAGUACGUAAUAGUAGGGCCCCUGGAGAAAGAGGGAAUUAAGCACAACUACACAGAUGUCAUUAACACUUUGCUCUCCUACGUGAAUAGAAAUCUAGUGCAUCCCUACCUGUUAGAUCUUCUGGACAGAGGAGACUACCCUUUCUACGACAAUAACAUCGUGGUAGAGGUAGUAGACUACAGAGACAAUGAGCCUAUUUCAAAUAGAGUGCUUUUAAAGGGAGCUAUAGCAGGCAUGCCCUAUACACACGGGGUGCUGCUCUCUACCAAGACAGAAGAGUCUGUGGAAGCAGAGAUAUACUCCAAGACAGCAAGCAUAUGUUUAGACCCGUCACCAGAGGUCUUUGAGGUGCUGAAGCUACACGACUACAACAUAAGAAAAUACGACAGCAUGAAAAUAGAUAAAAAACAGAAAGUAAAAGUGCAAAUAAGCGGAGUGAUACGAGAGUACAGAAGAGUAGAAAACACAAAGAAAAACGAAGCAUAUUUAGGCCUGGAGAGAGCCAUCAAUCCAAGGAUCUACAGAACAGCUAAGUUCAUAGGAGGAAAUAUCCACUACUCCAUCAAUGCGAUUGCCAAUACGGACUAUAUUGAAGUCGUAUUUAGAAAAGGAGACAUCGUAAAUACGGCAGUGGGUGGGUUUAUUACGAAAAGAAAAUUCACAUCACCUGCCCAGAUAGAUCUGUACAUUGACAGCACCAAAAAGCUGUUGGAGAUGUACCACACAGAUCUGAAGUGCAUAUGCGAUAUAUCUGCCAAUCCGAGAAAGUCAAAGCACUACACGGGCGGCACGUCGCCGUAUCAGAGACUGCAGAACGAAGAAACAGACAGCAGAAGGCAGAAUAUGUUCAUCAGCAGAGGGCCGGCUGCACCGAUGGAGAGACACAUGAGGUAUAUGAAGCCAGAAAGCAUAGAAGACCCAAAUGCUCCAGAGGAAAGAAGACAGGGGAGCAAAGAGAUGGAUGACUUCAAUUUUGACUACGUGAAUAAGAAGUUCACAUAA